AUGUCUUUAUGUUUUCAUUCACAGGAGGAAACAGAAUGCCCGUCUUCGCUGUCUGUUAUCAAAGACAGGACAAGAGGUGAAAACCUGGAGGAGCAAUUCUUCCCACCUGAUGACCUCUCUUCUGAUGAAGAAUAUUAUAUAGACGAAAGCAGAGCAUCCCGAUUUAAAAAAUCAGGCAUGAGACGCAUAGAUAAUAUCAAAAAGGCAUUUUCAAGGGAAAAUAUGCAGAAGACCAGACAAAAUUUUGGCAAGAAGGUGAACAGGCUUCAAACUAGAAUAGUGACACCCGAGAGGCGAGAGAGAAUGAGGCAGUCAGGAGAGAGGCUGAAACAAUCUGGGAUAAGGCUCAAGAAAACUAUUUCAAAAGCAGCUCCAACAAAGGAGACAUUCAAGCUCAAUAAGAAAGAUAAAGAGCGAACAGUAGCUGAAGGGCAAGAAGGAAUCCAGGAAGCUGGUGUGCAUGCAGUUUCAGCGAGUGGGGCAGAAGAACCAGUUACAGAAGAGAUUUCCUACACAGAAGUGAUCACUAAAGUAAAGAAAGACAAAGGCAGUGGAACAAAAGGCACGUCCCAGCCAGCAGAGAAAGUUGUGCUCACCCCUGAAAAAAUCGUUCUUAAACAGGAGGCAACAGAAGGAGGAGGUGAUAAUGUUCUUCUGUUGGACCUCAAGCACCCAGCAUAAUUGAUCAAGUAGUAUAUACUGUGUUAUUGUACAAGAGAAAACAUAGUUAGUAUCUGUUCACUUGGGCAGAUUGAGAGGUGUGUGUAACUUUUUAUUGUUAUAGCAGAAAAAUAUAUCGGUGCUGUUCUAGUAUUUAUAUGUAUAGCAGACAAUGUGUUUGUUGCCUUUUUAUUACUACGCAAAGUCACAUAAACAGAAUGAAGGGUCUCAUCUCUCUUGACGUGUACAUAUAACUUCAAUUAAUGUGAAUGGGAGUUACAAUUGCACAUCACAAGGAGAUGGAAACUUCCUGUAUAUUUAAAACAAAAAUAUAAGGCACUUAAUAGCCUUGUUGCUAUCUUUAGUUUUAUGCACAGAGGCAUCCAAAGAACAUCUCCA